GAGACACGUUCAGUUUUUGAUAGAUUAUGUGAAAUAGCUUCUUUGCAAAAACAGAACAUGAUGAAAUAUAAGGCGUUACCUUCUCCUUUUAGAUCAUGGCUGAGCAACAGGAUGAAGAACAAAAAGAUCAAGUCACUCUCAACAUUGCUGUGGCAGGGGAGAGUGGGGUAGGAAAGUCCUCCUUUGUUAACGCCAUCAGAGGUCUUCAAGAUACUGAUGAAGGAGCUGCACCCACUGGAGUAACAGAAACCACCAUGGAGCCCACCAUGUACCCCCACCCAAACAUGCCCAAUGUGAACUUAUGGGACCUACCAGGCAUAGGGACCACAAAUUUCAGAGCAAAAACCUACAUGAAAGAUGUCAAAUACCAAAACUAUGACUUCUUUAUCAUAGUAAGUGCAGGAAGAUUCAAAGAGAAUGACAUCACGCUGGCAAAAGAAAUCAAGAAAAAUAAGAAGAAUUUCUACUUUGUUCGCACAAAGACUGACCUUGAUGUAACACAAGAAGAGAAAAAGGGAGUAACAGAGGAGCAAACACUUCGGAAAAUACGGAACCGGUGUGUGGAAAAUUUGAAAACAUUGGGAUCCCCUCCUGUCUUCCUCAUUACAUCAGAAAACCCGAAAAGGUUUGACUUCUUGGAACUGGUAGAGAAUCUGGAGAGAGACCUUCCAGAUCACAAGAGAGAUGCUCUGGGUAUGCAGGACACCAGUUUUGUGUCCAUGGUGGCUCAUAUUUUAAGAGCAUUGUGGUCAAGAAUCAGUGCUCUUAGUGAAAAGUGAUUGGAAUAGCAGGACUAAAGUAAAGAAAUCAACUCAUGUUAAUCAAGACUUAGUGGUUUGGAAAGGUUACUGUUUUUCUUUUUCUCUUUUUAGGGUUAUUGGGUUCUCUUUAGGGUUCUUGACAUGUAAGUGUAGUGCUUCUAACUGGGAAUUAACUUUAAUUGCCAUUGCAUUGUAAUCAAGGUGUAGGUGGGUGACAGUAGCACUGGGUGGGGCUUACUUCUGUGUUGUGUGCAUCAUGAACUGCAACCUUUGCUGAGUGUGACACAUCUUUAUGUCAUGCACAUUUUCUUUGAUUUUCAAUAGACAACUCAAACAAUUCAGUGGUUGUUGAUAAUGCACUGUGCUGUAUUUUGUUUUAUCUGACUCAUCUGUAUCAAAUUGGGUCACACUUUAUUUGGAUGGUCCCCUACAGACUAUAUACAGAUGCUCAGAUUGUAAACAAACUAUCUGUUGAAGCUAUAAUUUAAGGUUAAGGUUAGGUUAAAAGAAAAGGGGAUGUCCCAUAUCAGGGUAGAGUCCAUCAAUGGAACGUCCUGGGCAUGGACACAGAUGCCAUCUGGUGGCCUCUCCUGGUACCACUCUACUUAUAGUAUUAUCUUUGUAAAUGUUUGUAAUCUGUAGAAUGUUCUACAGAAAGAAAUAAAAAACAAAAGAUGAGUAAAA